CACUACAGUACAGGGCCUGCUUAACGACGACUUCCGACGUCCUCCCCCCCUCCCCCGCCAAUUCUCAGUCACACCAUCUUGGCCCACUGAACUAGGACUUACACACACUCAGGCGGGAAGCGAACAGAGAAUUGGCGGGAAGCGAACAGAGAAUUGGCGGGAAUCAUCAUCCUUUGGCGGCGAACACAAUGGAGACGAACUACGAGGCGCGAUACACGUUGAGAAGAACAUUCAUAGAUUUUCUCGAACAAGAUCUCGGCCAUGGGACGUACUCGGCGAAGAUCAAUGCAAUGCUCACGACCAAGAAUCCGCGGCUUAUCGUCGACUUGGGCGAUCUGCGAACCUUCAACCAAGACUUGGCCAGAAGGUUCGUGCGCUCUCCUGGAGAGUACCUCCCGGCUUUUGAUGCGGCACUUGAGGAGACUGCGAGGUCGAUCAACGCGAAAGCUGCCUAUGGCUUGGAUCUGCAUGUUGGAUUUGAGGGACAGUUUGGCUUCCACAGGGUUUCUCCAAGGGAGCUGCUCUCUCCCUUCCUUUCCACAUUGGUGUGUGUUGAAGGCAUCAUCACCAAGUGCUCCUUGGUCAGGCCUAAGGUGGCAAAGAGCGUACAUCACUGCCCUGCAACAGGAAAGUUUAUUGAGCAGGAGUAUCGCGAUGUAACAUCAUUCUCGGGGCUUCCCACGGGGGCGGUUUAUCCAACAAAGGACGAUAAUGGUAACGUGCUGGUUACCGAGUUUGGGCUCUCCAAGUACCGGGAUCAUCAAACUCUGGCUAUCCAGGAGAUGCCUGAGUGUUCGCCAGCUGGGCAGCUGCCACGGUCCGUUGACGUCAUUGUUGAGGAUGAUCUUGUGGAUCGGUGCAAGCCUGGAGAUCGAGUUGCAAUUGUGGGCGUGUACAAGGCCAUCGCUUCCAAGAGUCAGGGGUCCACUGCAGGAGUGUUUCGGACUGUCGUUGUAGCAAACAACGUCAUGCAGUUCAACAAAAGUGUGAAUGCUCCUAGCUUCACACAAGAAGAUCUCGUGAACAUCCGGAAAAUCGCCGAGCGGCAAGACUUAUUCGAUCUGCUUGCAGAGUCCGUUGCGCCAUCCAUUUAUGGACACUUGUUUAUCAAGAAGGCGAUUUUGUUGCAGCUGCUGGGUGGAGUAGAGAAAAACUUGAAGAAUGGGACCCACAUACGAGGAGAUGUCAAUAUCAUGAUGGUUGGCGAUCCGUCUGUGGCCAAGUCACAGGUUCUAAGAGCUGUCAUGAAUCUUGCUCCAUUGUCAAUCUCCACAACUGGCCGUGGGUCCUCAGGAGUUGGUCUGACGGCCGCCGUUACAACGGACUCCGAGACAGGGGAAAGGCGCCUUGAGGCUGGGGCUAUGGUUCUGGCGGAUAGAGGGGUUGUCUGCAUCGACGAGUUUGACAAGAUGAGCGAUCUUGACCGUGUAUCUAUCCACGAGGUGAUGGAGCAGCAGACAGUCACUAUUGCAAAAGCUGGAAUCCAUGCAUCACUGAAUGCGAGGUGCAGUGUUGUGGCGGCGGCGAAUCCGAUUUAUGGAAAUUAUGACCACACUCUAUCUCCAACAAAGAACAUUGGACUUCCAGACUCUCUACUCUCUCGUUUCGACUUGCUGUUCAUCGUGCUUGACCAAAUGAACCCCGACAUCGACAGGGCCAUCUCCAACCACGUCCUGAGGAUGCACCAAUAUCGUGCACCAGGCGAAGAUCCUGGUCUUCCGCCAGCAGCUGGGACGACCCGCGAAGCGGAUGAGGAAGAGGAUGAAUCUCAUACGUUGGUGUUUGUGAAGUACAAUCGGUUGCUCCACGGGGAGAAACGCACACGUUUUGGCAAGAGGGAUCCACUCACCAUCAAAUUCUUGAAAAAGUACAUUCAUUACGCCAAAGAUCGGUAUCAGCCGCGACUAACAGACGAGGCUUCAGAGUUGAUUGCUCAAGAGUAUUCCCAGAUGCGUUCACAAAGCCGAGAUGAAAGGAGGCAAGGAGGGGGUGCUCUUCCCAUUACUGCCCGGACACUGGAGACGAUAAUCAGGCUGUCGACAGCACAUGCCAAGAUGCGCCUAUCAAAUACGGUGACAGCUGGAGAUGCAAAGUCGGCACUGGCAGUAAUGCGAUUCGCUCUCUAUCACACAGAGCUGACAGAUAUGGAUGAGAAAGAUAAAAAGGAGAAUGGUAGAGGCAAGAAGCGCCCAGCUGCGGACAGACCUGAUGAUCAUGAUGGUGAUGACGACGGUGAUAGCUCUGAUGACGAUGAUGGAGGAGAAUGGAGGAGAACUGGGCGGGGGGCACCAGCACCGAAACAGCGUAGGCGUGGUGAUAUGUCCACCCCCAGGCAAGGAGGUACAACACGAACUACGCGGUCCACAAAGGCAGCCGAGGAGUCUGCGGAUGCACAAGGGGAGAAGCAACCCGGAUCACAGUCUGCAGGAGUUCGAGAUGCUACACAGGAAAUGCCUAUGGACGUGGAUGAAGAUGCCGCAGAAGAAAAUGAGCCAGGUCUGAUCAGAAGACGGCGACAGUCGACCGCCGGAGAGGGCGCUUCUGCAGGCCCAUCAUCAGCAAGGGACAGUGCCGGAGCUGAAGGGGACCAACCCAUGGAAGUGGACAGGGAUAUCGAUCCCAAAAGGGAGGAGAAAUUCAAUAAUUUACUUGCGAGAAUGUUCAUCAGCAAUCGUCUGGAUGAGACUACGAUCGAGGAGCUGGAGCAGAAUGUCAACAAAGAUAAUUCGGAACCCUUUACCAGAAGGGAGCUCAAUGCCUUGCUGAUGUACCACGGUCAACAAAGUGAGGAAAGGGAUAGUGUGAAAGAUUUGGUGCGGUUGUUGAAGAAAGAACGGGAGAAUAUCAAAAAGGAGGAGAAAAGGUUAAAAAAGGAAGAAAGACGUAGAAGAGAGCAGCAGGAGAAUGACGAAAGAUUGGCCAAGAUUGUGGACCUUCAGUUUUCAAAAAGGUGGGGUGGAGCAAUGGAGCAUAUGGGAGUGGACGGUUCGCCAGAGCACAAGCGAAGACAUAGGCGAUAUCGAAAAGCCUCAAGGAGGGAAAAGCACCAUCGGAAGACGAAGAUUGUGCUGUCUGAUACUGAUGAGGAAGUAUCAGAAAUCAGCCAGCGCACACGCGCGCUACAUCUGACGGACAACCGAAAGCGAGUUUCCACUACCACGGAGGAAGAGGACGCACUAUCUCAGUCGAGUCCUAACAUUGCUCCGCUAAAGAUGCAUCGAGCACGGGAAUUGCCUCCGAAGUCUUCACGGAUGAAGUCGGCGAAGAAGAUGAAAACUACGCUGCAGCCUGCUACAAUGAAGAAGCUUCGGGAAAAGAACGAACCGAUGGUGGAACUGCCGCCGAAGUCUUCACAAAUGAAGUCGGCGAAGAAGAUGGAAACUACGCUGCAGCCGGUUACGAGGAAGAAGCUCCGGGAAAAGAACGAACCGACGGUGAAAGGGGCGCUGUAGCAAGAUGUGGGGCAGGAUCAACGCUACAGUUUGUGAAGGACACUGUGGAACACUUGGACCGU